CAGUACAAGGCAGACUAGCUGUGCCAGUAGAUUUUAGCUACUCGCUGCUAAAAGCCAAAACCCAAAGCAACUCGACUGACUCGUGUGAAGCAAGAAAAUCGAACCGCACGAUGAACGGCCGAGGAUGAUGACCCACUUUUCAAAAUUUUCGCAUUAAGAAACAGCAAAAAUUACGAUUGAGUUCGAAUAAAAUUAGUGUUUAAAAAGAUGUGCAAAUAUUUACAAACGUGCAUUCAAAAAAGUGAAUAAAGCAACACAGAAUUAGUAAUUAAAAGCAGUUAAAUAAGCGAAUGACAGUCGUGGAAAAAGAUCGAAAGCAGCGAAAGGGAGGAAGGUGACGAGAGUGUAGCCACGAGCAUAGGAAAAUUCAUUGGCAGAAAAAUUCGCUCUAUAUUAUAAAACACCCCGCAACUCCGCACUGUGCACGAGUAGGCGUAGCAGCAGCAAAGCUGAGCAGCGCCAAUGGAGCUCCAGCGGAUCGCUAGCAGAGACUAUACAGAAAACUGCUGGCACGAAGUUGUGUAAAAAUCGUUCGCAAGCUGGACUGCUUGGUUGCGCGAGUGAAAAUGUGCUAAAAAAUUGUGUGUUUCUAGAAAAACGGUUGAAUAAAAAUGCUAGAAAUAUUAAGAAAUAAUUAGAUAGCAAAAAAGUGUAGAAUGUAGCGAAAAUCCAUAAAAUGGUCGCGUAAUAAAGUUACAAAUUCGUUUUUUUUUUCUAUGGUACACACAAAGCGAGCGAGUUGGCGAGAAAAGUAGAGCAAAAAUCUAAUCAACAUGCGCACAUGCACAUGUACAUACAUAUAAGCAGAUAAUGGAAUUUUAAUAUAAAUAACCAAAAAUAUUCAUAAAUCACAAGUCCUGAAAAAAAUUGAUUCUACCGAUUGUAAAAAGGGAAAUUGCAACCACUGAAAUUAUUAAUAAACGAAGGGAAGUUAAACUUUCCAAACGCCAAACCAAAAAAAGCAUAUCGAUACGAAAAGUGGUAGGAAGUGGAAGUUAAGGGUCAGCAGAUGGCAGUUGGCAGUUUUGGCCAGCGAAUUCAAAAAAUUGCACGCACGCAUACCGAUACAAACGUACACACACACAUUGUGACAUCCAUACGCACGUACGCUCCCCGAGACAGUGAAAAUACAUACAUACAAAUGUACAUACACGCGUGUGAGCUGGCGACGCACAGCUGGAUGAACACGGCGUAAACGACGGCAACGGGGAUUUGGCUGCUUGAGUUGACGUUCGCACGCUAACAUAUUUACACAUUCACACGCUCCAAGGCACCAUAUAAAUAUACAGACAUACGUAUGUACGCACGUACGUAUUUGUAGGCGCGCGCUCGUGUACACUCGGCUGCACUGCUAUUCUUCUGCUGGUUCACUGCAUCUGUGGGCCGUGUGACUGGCGACUCGCGUAAAGGCUUCGAAUACAUACGCCGAGUGGCGGGCGGCAGUGGCAGCAAUAAAAACAAUAGCAGUGGCAUUUACGGCAGCAACACCAAAAACAACUACUAAAGUGUCAGGAUCUACAGCAACAACAGCAGCAGCCUGGCAAACUAAAUCACGAGUAGCGGAAAAAAUCCAAAAUAUCAACAAAAACAACACGUACAUUUCAAGCAAAAUUUAAUAACCGCGAAAUCGUAAAAAUUCGCCAAAAUGCCAUACGAAUCCAUGCACCACCACCACCACCAGUCAUCAGCGUCCAACGGCAUGCUGGAUUCGUUGAGCAUGCAGCUGCGGGAUGCGGAGAUGCGGCGUACCGAAAUUGAGCGCGCACACCAGAGCACAACUAUGCCCAUCUUGUCGCUGAACGCGCAUAACAUACCGACCGGCACCAGCAGCUACUCGGCCUUGGGGCUAAGUGGUACCGGCGGGGUGCCACCGCUUGGUUCGUCGCUGACUCACCCCACCUUGGGCAAUAUGCUCGAUACGAGCACCUUAUUGGGCACUACCGGCUUGUCGGGUCUGAGUGGUGUGACGGGCGCGUCCUCGUUGUACGGAUUGGGCGCUGGCACCGGCAUUGGCGGUUUGAGUGGUCUGUCAGCUGGAUUGCCCAAUUCAUAUCCCCCACCGUUCAUUGAUGUGGGCUCGAGCGCCUCAUAUCCCUACUCAUCGGCUGCACUGCGUACCGCUACAAAGAUGAAAAUGCUCGACGAAAUCGAUAUACCGUUGACGCGUUAUGGCAAUCGUAGCUCACCAUGUUCGCCGAUACCGCCUAGCACGUGGGGCCUGGAUGAGUUCACGGACAGCCUGAGUGCAUCAAUGUUGCACAAUCGUGGCAAUUUGGCUUUGGGCGCCUUGGAUUUAGAAACGCGGAAUCACAACUUAAAUGGCGUGAGUGAACCACAGGUGGACAUGUUGGACAUACCUGGCAAGGGACGGUGCUGUGUCUUCAUAGCGCGCUUUCCUUACGAUCCACCAGAGGAAGCUGAAGGUGAGCUAUCACUAUGCGCCGGCGAUUAUUUACUCGUAUGGACUAGCGGCGAACCACAAGGCGGUUACUUGGAUGCUGAAUUGUUGGAUGGUAGGCGUGGUCUAGUGCCUGCGUCCUUUGUGCAGCGUUUAAUAGGUGACGAUCUCUUGGAAUUCCAUCAGGCAGUUCUAUCGACACUCCGCGACGCCGAGGAUGGUUCUAUGCAAUGUGAUACCACAUCGUUGCCAUCGCUGCCGCCACACAAUCCUUUGCUCACACACACCCAGGAGGACUUGGCGCGAUUGAGUGAGACGCACACCGAUUUGGAGCACGAUCAGGAUGAUAUCAGUGAUAAUGUUCCAGCACCUAAGCACUUAACGCUCGAAAGACAGCUGAAUAAAAGUGUGCUCAUCGGCUGGUCACCACCAGAACCGGUUGGUUACAAUCUCAUUGACAGCUAUCAUGUCUACGUGGAUGGCGUACUGAAAGUAACGGUAAAGGCAAACGAGCGAACACGAGCGCUCAUCGAGGGCGUGGACUCGAAUAGGCCGCAUCGCAUCAGCGUCCGUAGUGUUACACAAAAUCGUCAGACAUCACGUGAUGCCGCUUGUACUAUGAUAAUCGGACGCGAUACCUCGCAUUUGGGUCCAUCAGCGGUACGCGCUUCACAUAUAACGUGUUCAUCGGCUGUAAUUUCAUGGCUGCCGGCUAACUCUAAUCAUCAACACGUGGUGUGCGUGAAUAAUGUUGAAGUGCGCACAGUGAAGCCAGGCGUCUAUCGGCACACCAUUACCGGGCUGGCCCCGAGCACACAAUAUCGGGUCACUGUACGCGCUAAGCACUUACGCGCACCAGGUGGACAACAAACACCAGGACGUCCGCAAGAGGAAGCACCGGGUGCGUAUGCCGAUUUCCGCACGUUGACUAAGGGUUUGCCCGAUCCGCCACAGGAUAUCCAACUUGAGGCUGGUCCUCAAGAUGGUACCAUUCUGGUGACAUGGCAGCCGGUUAACCGGCCAACUUCUUCUGGCCCCGUAACCGGCUAUGCUGUGUACGCCGAUGGUAAAAAAGUGACGGACAUUAAUUCACCAACUGGGGAUCAUGCGCUCAUCGAUAUCGGCAAAUUGGGCGUAUUUAAUCCACGUGCGGUCACCAUACGCACCAAAUCGCGGGACGCACAAUCGGCUGAUAGUGCGCCGAUACUAAUACCAAAUAAUGUGCGCAGCGCCGUUGGCCGACGGGGACCUCAACAAAUGGGCAUGGGUCCACAACAAAUGCAACCUGGACAACAUGGCAUGCCCGGUCAAAUGGGUAUGCCAGGCCAACCACAUCAGCAGCAGCAACAGCAUAUGAUGGGCCAAGAUCCACAUCAGUACGAUCCAAAUCAGCCAAUGCAACCGGGACAACAACAACAACAGCCCGGACAGCAACAGCCAGGGCAACCGGGACAACAGCCUGACGGAAGCCAUGGCUUAUUAGGUGGGCUGCUUGGUGGCCUUUUCUCAAAACCCACUACUACUCAGAGUCAAGUGAAUCAGAAUAUCAAUGGCUACCAACCUGGAACAGGUCCACGCCCAAUGAUGCAAGGCCGACCUACCGGUCCACAAAUGAUGGGCGGACAGCAGCCAGGCCAGCAGCCGUACGGUCCACAAGGUCAAAUGGGCACACAACGUUUUCCCGGGCAGCGAGGGCCAGCGCCGGGUCAAAUGCAGGGCCAGAUGCAAGGCCAAAUGCCCGGCCAAAUGCAGGGUCAGAUGCAGGGUCAGAUACAGGGCCAGAUGCAAGGUCAGAUGCCCGGCCAAGUUCCGGGUCAAAUGGGCGCUCAAAUGACCCCCGGACAAAUGCAGGGUCAAAUGCAAGGUGCUAUGGGUCCGCGUGGCCCUCUCAAUCCACAACAACAAAUGCAACAACAGGCGCAAAUGGGCAUGGGUCCCGGGCAGCAGCCACUAACCCAACAACAACAACAGCAACAACAUUUGGCGGCACAAAAGAAGCCGCGCUAUUUCGUUGCUAUGUUCGACUAUGAUCCAAGCACAAUGAGUCCUAAUCCAGAUGGAUGCGACGAAGAACUGCCAUUCCAAGAAGGUGAUACAAUUAAGGUUUAUGGCGACAAGGACGCCGAUGGCUUUUACUGGGGUGAAUUGCGCGGUCGUCGCGGUUACGUGCCUCACAAUAUGGUUACCGAGGUGGACGAUGGCACCGGCGGUAUGGGUCCAAUGCCGGGCGGUCCACCGCAGCCUGGUGGCCCGGGUCAAGUGAUGCCCGGCCAGGGUGGUCCACAGCAAAGUAUGCGCAAUGUGAGUCGUGAUCGUUGGGGCGACAUCUAUGCCAACAUGCCGGUGAAACGCAUGAUCGCACUGUAUGACUACGAUCCGCAAGAGUUGAGUCCGAAUGUGGACGCCGAGGUGAGUGAGGCGCAUUUAUAAAGAAGUUACAGUAUUUCUACCCUAUGAUGUAUUAAAUGCGAUUUGAUAUUAUUCAGCGUAAGGAAGCCAGUUCCGGUUUCUUAGGUGGUUUCAUAGAUGACCUCUUUGGUACAACCCCAACAACCA